AUGUCGAUUGCUUCGCUCAACGCGCUGAAGCGCAGGGCGCUGCCCCUGCUCUUCGUCCUCGUCUUCUUUGCGUUCCUCCUACACCACAACCGACCGAGGCUGCCACGCACCAGCUCGUGGCAGGUAACUCCCAGCAGUAGCAGCAGCAGCAGCCGGUCCCGUGCUGGCGGAGGCCAAUUCAGCUGGGCCAACGUCCCGCUUCACUACCCCGUGCCACCCGAGUCGAUGCGUCGGCUGCCUGACACGACUGGCCGCCAAAUGCCGCGUAUCCAGCACGUCUUUUCCAAGGAGACAGCCGCCGACCGAAAGGUCCGUCUGGAAAGGCUCGCUCUCGUCAAGAGCAACUUCACCCACGCCUGGAAUGGCUACAAACUGCAUGCCUGGAUGAGUGACGAGGUCCGCCCUAUCUCGGGCGGUGCCCACAACCCCUUUGGCGGCUGGGCUGCCACCUUGGUAGAUGCGCUCGACACACUCUGGAUCAUGGGCAUGAAGUCCGAGUUCGACGAGGCCGUGCGUGCUAUUGACCAGAUCGACUUCAGCUCCAGCACCCUCGAAGAGAUCAAUGUUUUCGAGACCACGAUCCGCUACAUGGGCGGCUUCCUCGCUGCCUACGACAUUAGCGGCGGGCGGUCCCCCUCGCUGCUGCGCAAGGCCAUCGAGCUGGGCGACAUGCUCUACAUCGCCUUCGACACGCCUAACCAUUUGCCCAUCACCCGCUGGAGGCUCAACGAACUGAAGCAGGCCCGGACCGGGGGGAGUGGCCCGGCCCAGGUUGCUCCUCCGGGUCUUCUGGUAGCCGAGAUCGGUUCCUUGACUCUCGAGUUUACACGCCUAAGCCAGCUCUCGGGCGACCCCAAAUACUUUGAUGCCGUCCAGCGCGUCAUGGAGGUCUUUGCGGACGAACAAGACAAGACUCAUCUGCCCGGACUGUGGCCUGUGGUUGUAAACGCCGAAAAGCCCGACUUCACUGGCGAUGGGUGGUUUACAAUUGGCGGUAUGGCCGACAGCACAUAUGAGUAUCUUCCAAAGCAAUACCUCCUUCUCAAUGGCGGUUCCCUGAUGUACCGCGAUCUCUACGUCAAGGCCAUCGCUGCCAUGAAGCGCAACAUCUUCUUCCGCCCGCGCACUAAGAGCUCGUCCCAGAUGUUGAUGCCCGGCGAUGCCCGGGCUGACGGCUCGAGACACUGGUCGAAGGUUGAGCAGGAAUCGGUAGUCCAGCACUUGGGCUGUUUCGCCGGCGGCAUGGUGGGCCUCGCCGCUCGCGCCCUCGACCUCCCCGGCGACAUAGACGUAGCCAGACAGCUGGUUGAGGGCUGCCUGUGGUCCUACGAGACAGCACCAUCAGGUUUCAUGCCCGAGGUUAUGCACGUUACGCGCUGCCCCCGCAACGGCCCCUGUGCGUGGGACGAGACCGAAUGGCACACGGGUAUCAAGGAGCGUGCUAAAGCGGCACCUGGUGCUAACGUCGCCGAGACCAUUCGUCAGCAGCGUUUGUCGCCAGGAGUAGUGAGCGUGGAUGAUCGCCGCUACAUCCUACGUCCCGAGGCGAUCGAGAGCAUCUUCAUUCUCUACCGCCUAACGGGCGAACAGGCGUUGGCUGACAGGGGAUGGUCCAUGUUUGAGAACAUUGUGCAACAGACACAGACCGAUGUUGCUCACGCGGCGUUGGCAGACUGCACCGCCCCCGAGCCGUCGUCGACCCGCACCGACAGCAUGGAGAGCUUCUGGCUCGCAGAGACGCUCAAGUAUUUCUAUCUUUUGUACUCGACCCCCGAUGUCGUCAGUCUAGACGAGUACGUCCUGAACACCGAGGCGCACCCUCUGCGGAGGCCUUUGUGA